GGAGGAGCAGGAGCAGGAGGAGGAGGAGGAGGAGGAGGAGGUGGAGGAGGAGGAGGAGGAGAGAGACGGCGCGGGCAAAGGGAGACGGCGAGAAGCGCAGCACCGGCGCCCCGAGACCCAGGAGGAGCCCUCAGAUAACCAGCCCGAGUCAUGCAGUCUUUUCGAGAAAGGUGUGGUUUCCAUGGCAAACAACAGAACUACCAGCAGACCUCACAGGAGACAUCGCGCCUGGAGAAUUACAGGCAGCCGAGCCAGGCCGGGCUGAGCUGUGACCGGCAGCGGCUGCUGGCCAAGGACUAUUAUAACCCGCAGGCGUACCCGGGCUACGAGGGUGGGGCUGGCGCGCCCGCCAGCUCUGCCCGCAGCAAAGGCCUGGCCUCGCAGCAAGGCCUGCAGGGGAGGCCGGCCUUCCCCAGCUACAGCGCCCAGGACAGCAGCCCCUACCCAGGCCGCUACUCGGGUGAGGAGAGCAUGCAGGCCUGGGGGGCCCCCCAGCCCCCACCCCCCCAGCCACAGCCCCUGCCAGGGGGGGUGGGCAAAUACGAUGAGAACUUGAUGAAGAAGACAGCAGUCCCCCCUGGCAGGCAGUACCCAGAGCAGGGCGCCCAGCUGCCCUUCCGGAGUCACUCGCUGCACGUCCAGCCGCAGCUGCCACAGCCCCAGCAGCCCCUGUCCUACCCCAAGCUCCAAAGGCAGAAGCUGCAGAACGACAUGGCCUCGCCGCUGCCCUUCCCCCCGGGCGGCCACUUCCCCCAGCACUCGCAGUCCUUCCCCACCUCCUCCACCUACUCCUCCACGGGCCAGGGCGGCGGGCAGGGGGCCCACUCCUAUAAGAGUUGCACAGCGCCCUCCACCCAGCCUCAUGACAGGCCGCUGACUGCCAAUGCUAGCCUGGCGCCAGGCCAGCGGGUCCAGAACCUUCACGCCUAUCAGUCCAGCCGCCUCGGCUUCGACCAGCAGAAGCAGCAGCAGCAGCAGCAACAGCAGCAGCAGCAGCAGCAGCAGCAGCAGCAGCAGCAACAAGCCCUCCAGAGCCGGCACCACGCCCAGGAGACCCUCCAUUACCAAAACCUUGCCAAGUACCAACACUACGGGCAGCAAGGGCCAGGCUUCUGCCAGCCAGACGCCGCCGUCCGGACCCCAGACCAGUACUACCAGACCUUCAGCCCCAGCUCCAGCCACUCGCCCGCGCGCUCCGUGGGCCGCUCGCCCUCCUACAGCUCCACCCCGUCGCCGCUGAUGCCCAACCUGGAGAACUUCCCCUACAACCAGCAGCCGCUCAGCACCGGCACUUUCCCCGCCGCCGGCCUCACCGACCACAGCCACUUCAUGCCCCUGCUCAACCCCUCCCCCACAGACGCCACCAGCUCCGUGGACCCCCAGGUGGGAAACUGCAAACCGCUCCAGAAGGACAAGCUCCCCGAGAACCUGCUAUCGGACCUCAGCCUGCAGAGCCUCACGGCGCUGACGUCGCAGGUGGAGAACAUCUCCAACACCGUGCAGCAGCUGCUGCUCUCCAAGGCCGCCGGGCCACAGAAGAAGGGCGUCAAGAGCCUGGUGUCCAGGACCCCGGAGCAGCACAAGAGCCAGCACUGCAGCCCCGAGGGCAGCGGCUACUCGGCCGAGCCGGCGGGCACGCCGCUGUCGGAGCCGCUGAGCAGCACGCCGCAGUCCUCGCACGCCGAGCCGCCGGAGGCCGACUACCUGAGCGGCUCUGAGGACCCGCUGGAGCGCAGCUUCCUCUACUGCAGCCAGGCCCGCGGGAGCCCGGCCCGGGUCAACAGCAACUCGAAGGCCAAGCCGGAGUCCGUGUCCACCUGCUCCGUGACCUCCCCCGACGACAUGUCCACCAAGUCCGACGACUCCUUCCAGAGCCUGCACGGCAGCCUGCCUCUCGACAGCUUCUCCAAGUUCGUGGCCGGGGAGCGGGACUGCCCACGCCUGCUGCUGAGCGCCCUGGCCCAGGAGGACCUGGCCUCGGAGAUCCUGGGGCUGCAGGAGGCCAUCGGGGAGAAGGGUGACAAGGCGUGGGCCGAGGCGCCCGGCCUGGCCAAGGACGCCAGCAAACCGCCUUUCUCCCUGGAGAACCACAGCGCCUGCCUGGACCCCGUGGCCAAGACGGUGUGGCCGCGCCCAGGCGAGCCGGAGGCCCUGCCCGAGUCCCUGCAGCUGGACAAAGGUGGCAGCGCCAAAGACUUCAGCCCAGAACUCUUCGAAGACCCCUCGGUCAGCUUUGCCACCCCUGACCCCAAGAAGCCGGCCGGCCCCCUCUCCUUUGGCACCAAGCCUCCCCUUGGGGCUGCCACCUCAGACCCCGCCACGGCGGCUUUCGACUGCUUCCCGGACACCACCACUGCCGCCGCCGCGGCAGGCAGUGCCAGCCCCUUUGCCUGGCCUGAGGAAGACCUGGGCGACGCCUGUCCCCGCUGGGGCCUGCACCCCGGCGAGCUUGCCAAGGGCCUGGAGCCGGGGGGGCAGACCUCGGACGUCGUGGUGGGCAAGGAGAACGCCUGUGAGGCCUCGGCCUGCCUGGGCUUCCAGGAGGAGGAGCCCCCGGGAGAGAAGGCCCCGGGGCCCCGGGACUUCAAGCAGGAGGAGGCGGGCGGGGUGAAGGAGGAGGCGGGCGGGCUGCUGCAGUGCCCCGAGGUGGGCAAGGCGGACCGGUGGCUGGAGGACAGCCGUCACUGCUGUGCCUCUGACUUCGGGGACCUGCCGCUGCUGCCGCCCACAGGCCAGAAGGAGGACCUGGAGGCGGAGGAGGAGUACUCCUCCCUGUGCGAGCUCCUGGGCAGCCCCGAGCAGAGGCCGGCCAUGCAGGACCCACUGUCGCCCAAGGCCCCGCUGCUGUGCACCAAGGAGGAGGUGGGGGAGGUGCUGGACCCCAAGGCUGGCUGGGGCUCCCCCUGCCACCUCUCUGGGGAGUCCGUCAUCCUGCUGGGCCCCACCGUGGGUGCCGAGUCGAAAGUGCAGAGCUGGUUCGAGGCCUCCCUGUCCCACAUGAAGCCUGGGGAAGAAGGGUCUGAGGGGGCGCUGGCUCCUGGGGAUCCUGCCCCCCUGGCCCCCGACGUCUCUCUGGGCCCAAAGCCCAACAAGGCCGCCGUGCCUGAGGUGCCCAUUGCCAAGAAGGAGCCUGUGCCCCGCGGCAAAAGCUUACGGAGCCGCCGGGUGCAGCGAGGGCUGCCCGAGACUGAGGACUCCCCGUGCCGGGCCCCAGCGUUGCCCAAAGACCUCCUGCUCCCUGAGUCCUGCACAGGGACCCCCCAGGGACAGAUGGAGGGGGUGGGGGCCCUGGGCCGGGGGGUCUCCGAAGGCUUUCCCAGGAUGUGCACUCGCUCCUUCACUGCCCUGAGCGAGCCCCGCACGCCCGGUCCCCCAGGCCUGACCACCACCCCGGCCCCCCCGGACAAACUGGGGGGCAAGCAGAGAGCCGCCUUCAAGUCAGGCAAGCGGGUCGGGAAGCCCUCCCCGAAGGCAGCGUCCAGCCCCAGUAACCCGGCCGCCCUGCCCGUGGCUUCUGACAGCAGCCCCAUGGGCUCCAAGACCAAGGAGACAGACUCGCCCGGCACCCCCGGGCAGGACCAGCGCUCCAUGAUCCUCCGCUCCCGCACCAAGACCCAGGAGGUCUUCCACGCCAAGCGGCGGAGGCCCUCAGAGGGCCGCCUCCCCGCCUGCCGCACGGCCAAGAAGCUCCUGGCCAAUAACCACCUGGCAGCCUCCUUCAAGGUCUCCGGCAGCCCCCCCAAGGAGGGCAGGGUGGGCCAGCGCGCGCGGGUCCCCAAGCCGGGGGCCGCCGGCAAGCUGUCCGAUCGGCCCCUUCAUGCUCUCAAGCGGAAGUCGGCCUUCCUGGCUCCUGUCCCCGCCAAGAAGCGCAGCCUGGCCCUGCGGAGCAGUGGCGCCGGCGGAGAUGAGGACGUGAAGGAGGAGGUGGCUGAGGGCACCCCCACCCUCUUCAAGAGGCUGGCUUCCCCCAAGAAGGCCAAGCCGGCCAAGGGAAGUGGGGAGCCUGCCGCCAAGCCCCCGCCUCCUGAGGCCCCCGACGCCUGCCUCAAGCUGGUCUCCCGGGCGGCCUUCCCAGGAGCCAUGAAGACCAAGGUGCUGCCCCCGCGGAAGGGCCGGGGCCUGAAGCUGGAGGCCAUCGUGCAGAAGAUCACCUCUCCCAGCCUGAAGAAGUUCGCCUGCAAAGCCCCAGGGGCCUCUUCUGGGAACCCUCUGAACCCGACCCUCCUCGACAAGGACCGAGGGCUCAAGGGCACUGGGGGCAGCCCAGGGGGCGCGGAAGAAGGCCUCUUGAAUGUGGGCACUGGGCCGAAGCUCCCAGCCACCCCAGGGGUCAACCCAUUGUGCAGAAAUGCAGCCAACAGGUCCUUAAAAGGGAAACUCCUGAGCAGUAAGAAACUGUCCUCCACUGACUGUUUCAAAUCUGAGGCCUUCACGUCCGCAGAGACACUGGCGCCUGGGGCCACUACCCUGGCACCCAAGAAGAGAAGCCGGAAAGGCAGGGCUGGAGCCUUGGGACUCCCCAAAGGGCCCCUGGAGAAGCGGCCCCAUCUCGGCCCAUCUCUGCUCCUGACUUCCCGAGACAGGGUGGGCGUGGGCACGCACGGGGGCAGUGAGGAUGGUUCUGGUGGAGGCGGCAAGAAGCCAAAGACAGAGGAGCUGGGCCUGGCCUCCCAGCCCUCUGACGGCCGGCCCUGCCAGCCCCAGACCCGGGCACAGAAGCAGCCGGGUCAUGCCAACUACAGCAGCUAUUCCAAGCGGAAGCGCCUCACGCGGGGCAGGGCCAAAAAUGCCGCCUCCUCCCCCUGCAAGGGGCGGGCUAAGCGGCGGCGGCAGCACCAGGUGCUGCCCCUGGAUCCCGCCGAGCCUGAAAUCCGCCUCAAGUACAUUUCCUCGUGCAAGAGGCUGCGGGCAGACAGCCGCACCCCUGCCUUCUCGCCCUUCGUGCGGGUGGAGAAGCGCGAUGCAUUCACCACCGUAUGCACUGUUGUCAACUCCCCCGGGGAUGAGCCCAAGCCUCAUAGGAAGCCUUCCUCUUUCACCUCCUCGUCCUCGUCCUCAUCCUCCUCUGUGGAUGCAGCCGGGGCCUCCCUGGCCACGCUCCCUGGGGGCUCCGUCCUGCAGCCGCGGCCCUCCCUGCCCCUCUCUUCCACCAUGCAUCUGGGGCCUCUCGUUUCCAAGACCCUGAGUACCUCUUGCCUUGUUUGCUGCCUCUGCCAAAGCCCAGCCAACUUUAAGGACCUGGGGGACCUCUGUGGGCCCUACUACCCUGAGCACUGCCUCCCCAAAAAGAAGCCGAGACUCAAGGAGAAGCUGCGGCCGGAGGCCCCCUGCGAGGAGCCCCUGCCCCACGAGAGGACACUCAAAGGCUCGGAGUGCCCUGCUGCCACAGCCGGGAAGCCCCCCAGGCCGGACGGCCCGGCCGACCCCGCCAAGCAGGGCGCUCUGCGCACGAGCGCCCGGGGCCUGUCGCGGCGGCUACAGAGUUGCUACUGCUGUGAUGGGCAGGGGGACGGUGGUGAGGAGGCGACCGCAGCCGACAGGAGCCGCAAGCAUGAGUGCAGCAAGGAGGCGGCGGCGGCAGCGGCGGCGGAGCCUGGUGGGGACACCCAGGAGCACUGGGUGCAUGAGGCCUGCGCCGUGUGGACGGGCGGGGUCUACCUGGUGGCCGGGAAGCUCUUUGGGCUGCAGGAGGCCAUGAAGGUGGCCGUGGACAUGAUGUGUGCCAGCUGUGGGGAGGCUGGGGCCACCAUCGGGUGCUGCCACAAGGGAUGCAUCCAUGCCUACCACUACUCGUGUGCCAGCGAAGCGGGUUGCGUAUUCAUGGAAGAGAACUUUUCUUUGAAGUGUCCCAAACAUAAGGGGCAGCCGUUGUAAUCCAUCCCCGACAGCUGGGAAGCCGCCAGAGCCUGCCUGCCCACCCGCGGCCGCCGAAGGAAAGGAGCCGUCUGCGCGGGCCCCCGGGCCUUUGAGCUGCUCCCAGUGCGGAUGCAGAGCCGAUCCUUGAUCCGAACUUCGGGUCUUGGAUCUGGCUGCCUAGGGCUGGAAACUUGCGGUCCCGGGCUGGGGAGAAAACAUGUUCCGGAGCUACCUGCUCCCGGAGCUGAGCAGGACGAGCUCCCGGGGCAAACUUGGAGAGGGGCAGCCUGAGAAGCAGCCAGGCUCCGGCAGGGGUGGGGGUUGCCUCAGUCCUGGGGACCUGCUUCUCUCCUGAAAGUUCUAAAGCAGCACACAUUCCACGUGGGUGCUGCCCCCACCAAGCCUAGCAGCUUGCAUUUGGUUGCCCCGGGUUGUGGGUUCAGGAGGUGGGCGGCGGGCAGGGAGUCAGCGCCCUUCCCACCCAGCCUUUGCCAAGACGUUGAUGCAACAGGAGCAGAGCAGGGCUGGGGGCGGGUUCCCUGGCGUGGGCAGGACCGGGCACCUCUUCGGCUUCUGUUUGUCCCCUUUCCAGUCCUCCACCCCGCCCCUGGAGGCCCGCCUGGGAGCGCGGAAGGAAAGGCAUCGCGACCACCGCGACCACCGCGCCCCGCAACGUGACCGGCCCUCGCAGCGCCCGACCCCGGGACUUCAGCGCCACUCGGCGCGGGAGCGACAGUGCUAGAUCCGUGUACAAACCUGUGUCCCCCUCUAUAUAUAUGUUACAUAGAAUGUAUAUAUGUUGGGAACUUGCUCGCUUCUCCCGUGUCGCCGCUGUGCGUCGUGCUCCCCUCAGCACGGGGCCUUGCUGGGGAAGGGGCGAUGCCCCAGCCCACGCAGCCACCACCGGCCCAAGCCAGUCCCUGCCAGUCCGUCCGCCUGUCAGUCCGUGUCCUCAGCUCUGUCCACGCUUCGAUAGGCCUGACGCAGCCCCCAGUCUGGGGCCGCCCUAGCAACUUCCUGUACAUAUGACUGUAAAAUGGUAAACGUGUGUAUUAUAUCUGGCCUCGUUAUAUAGUGUAUAUAUAUGUAUACAUAUACAUAUAUAUAAUAUAUAUGAAGACUGUAAAUGUUAAGACGACUAGUGUUCUUAUUAGUAUAUUGCUUCACACUGAAGAUUGUGUGUAUCGAGCUGUUUCUAAAAGAUGUUUAUUUUCCUUAAGAGUAAAAAACAGUCAUUGCAUUCAGAAAAAAAAAAGUCAAUAAAGAUACGACGAUUGUUUUGGAA